ACGAUUGGUAAAAGUUUUAAAAUUUUUAAGUUACAUCUUUAUUCAUAAUAUAAUUUACUAAUUAUUUUUAAUUAUAUUAUAUAGGCUAAGCAGUUGGGGAGAAGACCAUUGAUGCCUGAGCUGAUUUCGAGGACCCGGACAAGGAGAUCGGGAGGUGUUGUCGACGAGCGCACGAGGAUGUAUCUUGAAGAAUAUGAUAGACGACUUGCCAUUUUUCUGGAAAAUAAUCCUCAAUUCAUGCCAGCAGAGGGGGAGCCUCUUAACGCGGAUGUUGAUCACUACAUUUGGUGUGACGUUAUUAAAGAUAAAGGGCCUAAUGGUUGCUUUUUUGGGGCUGGAAAUUUGGCGUCCAGCUAUAGAUCUGGUGACCGCAAUCUGUUCCAAAGAGUUCAGGAUGGAGAGGGUGGAUCGCGUCAACCAAAUCUGACACAGGAACAAACUGAAUUAAUAAGCUUGGCAAAAGGUAAAAGAGGAAAAGUAAUAGCAACUAAAUUGUAUGACAUCAUCAAAUCAGUUCAAACAUAG